CCGCAGUGUCAUGCAGAAGUACCUGGAGGACCGGGGCGAGGUGACCUUUGAGAAGAUCUUCUCCCAGAAACUGGGGUACCUGCUCUUCCGAGACUUCUGCCUGAAACACCUGGAGGAGGCCAAGCCCUUGGUGGAGUUCUACGAGGAGAUCAAGAAAUACGAGAAGCUGGAGACAGAGGAGGAGCGCCUGACCUGCAGCCGGGAGAUCUUCGACACCUACAUCAUGAAGGAGCUGCUGGCCUGCUCGCACCCCUUCUCGAAAAGUGCCAUUGAGCACGUCCAGGGCCAUCUGGUGAAGAGGCAGGUGCCUCCGGAUCUCUUCCAGCCGUACAUCGAGGAGAUUUGUCAGAACCUCCGAGGGGACGUGUUCCAGAAAUUCAUUGAGAGUGAUAAAUUCACACGAUUUUGCCAGUGGAAGAAUGUGGAGCUCAACAUCCAUCUGACCAUGAAUGACUUCAGUGUGCACCGCAUCAUUGGUCGAGGGGGCUUCGGCGAGGUCUAUGGGUGCCGGAAGGCUGACACGGGCAAGAUGUAUGCCAUGAAGUGUCUGGACAAGAAACGCAUCAAGAUGAAACAGGGGGAGACCCUGGCCCUGAACGAGCGCAUCAUGCUGUCCCUCGUCAGCACUGGGGACUGCCCGUUUAUCGUCUGCAUGUCGUACGCAUUCCACACGCCGGACAAACUCAGCUUCAUCCUAGAUCUCAUGAACGGUGGGGACCUGCACUAUCACCUGUCCCAGCAUGGGGUCUUUUCCGAAGCGGACAUGCGCUUCUACGCAGCCGAGAUCAUCCUGGGCCUGGAGCACAUGCACAAUCGCUUUGUCGUCUACAGGGACCUGAAGCCGGCCAACAUCCUGCUGGACGAGCACGGCCACGUGCGCAUCUCAGACCUGGGCCUGGCCUGCGACUUCUCCAAGAAGAAGCCCCACGCCAGCGUGGGCACCCAUGGGUACAUGGCUCCCGAGGUGCUGCAGAAGGGAGUGGCCUAUGACAGCAGUGCCGACUGGUUCUCCCUGGGCUGCAUGCUCUUCAAGCUGCUGCGGGGGCAUAGUCCCUUCCGGCAGCAUAAGACCAAAGACAAGCAUGAGAUUGACCGGAUGACAUUGACAAUGGCUGUGGAGCUGCCCGACUCCUUCUCCCCUGAGCUCCGUUCCUUGCUGGAGGGGCUAUUGCAGAGGGAUGUCCACAGGAGACUGGGCUGCCUGGGCCGAGGGGCCCAGGAGGUGAAGGAGAGCCCCUUCUUCCACUCCCUAGACUGGCAGAUGGUCUUCUUGCAGAAGUACCCUCCCCCGCUGAUCCCCCCACGAGGGGAGGUGAACGCAGCUGACGCCUUCGACAUCGGCUCCUUUGAUGAGGAAGACACAAAAGGAAUCAAGUUGCUGGACAGCGACCAGGAGCUCUACCGCAACUUCCCCCUCACCAUCUCUGAGCGGUGGCAGCAGGAGGUGGCAGAGACUGUCUUCGACACCAUCAACGCUGAGACAGAUCGGCUGGAGACCCGCAAGAAAACCAAAAACAAGCAGCUGGGCCAUGAGGAAGACUACGCCCUGGGCAAAGACUGCAUCAUGCACGGCUACAUGUCCAAGAUGGGCAACCCUUUCCUGACCCAGUGGCAGCGGCGGUACUUCUACCUGUUCCCCAACAGGCUCGAGUGGCGGGGCGAGGGCGAGGCCCCGCAGAGCCUGCUAACCAUGGAGGAGAUCCAGUCGGUGGAGGAGACGCAGAUCAAGGAGCGAAAGUGCCUCCUUCUCAAGAUCCGCGGUGGUAAACAGUUCGUCCUGCAGUGUGAUAGUGACCCGGAGCUGGUGCAGUGGAAGAAAGAGCUGCGCGACGCUUACCGAGAGGCCCAGCAGCUGGUGCAGCGGGUGCCCAAGAUGAAGAACAAGGCCCGCUCGCCCGUGGUGGAGCUGAGCAAGGUGCCGCUGGUGCAGCGUGGCAGUGCCAACGGCCUCUGACCCCCCACCCGCCCGCCUUUUAUAAACCUCUAAUUUAUUUUGUCGGAUUUUUAUUAUUUGUUUUCCCGCAAAGCGGAAAAGGUUUUAUUUUGUAAUUAUUGUGAUUUCCUGUGGCCCCAGCCCCCAGGGAGGGGCCCGCUUGCCUUGGCUCCUGCUGCCACCAACCCAGCCACUGUCCAGCCACCCUCAGCCCUGACGCCCCAGGGGUCGCCCACUCCCAGUGUCUUCCUGUGGGGGGGAGAGCAGCAGCCCCCAGCAGCCCCCUACCCCUUCCUGGGGAUAGUGCCACCUCAGGCUCCGGGGGCUGUGCUCUGUGCCCACGGCUCAGCUGGGUGGCUGGGCAUCCUCCGCCCCCGGGGAGGCUGAGGCACAGGAAUACUACCUGAACUUUUCCACAUUGGCCCCUCCUGCAACAGGUACAUAGCCCUGCACUGUCCUGCCUCCAGCCAGUUGGUGGAGGAGGAGCCCAUUAUUUCCCUGACCCCAGGGCCGCCCACAGUGACUUGGACUCUUGCUCCCUCACUCGGGAGGAGUCCCUGCGUCACUGGCUGCCUCCAUUCUCACCUUCCCUGGACACUGGGGCUUGGCCAGGAGGGUGGCGUUGGCAGCAGGUGCUGCUGCUGUCACUGCAGCCCCGCUCUUCCUCGCGUUCUAAGCUCCCAGGCUCAAGGAUCACCAAAAGGCAACUACGGGUUGUACCAUGCUGGCCUAGCCUGGCCCUGAAGCCCCCCUGACCCCGGACUGGGCGAGGCCUUGUCUGCCCAGGACCACAAGGGCCAGCCUGGGUGGGCUGGGCAGCACAGCAGGAGGGGCCAGUUGGGCCAGCCCUUGCCACCCCAGGCCGGUCAAUGUGCACCCCGGGCUGUCCAGCCCCAGCCCCAUGUCCCGUCAGUGCCACUACCCACAGGGUGCCACCUCGCCCGCCGCAUGCCCCCUCGUGCCAGUCGCGCUGCCGUGUGUGGUGUCGCGCCUUCUCCCCCAGGGGCUGGGUUGGCUCACCCUCCCCUCCCAUCUGCUCACUCCCUGGGGCGUUUCUUUGCCGAUUUUUGAAUGUGAUUUUAAAGUGGAAAAAUGAGACUAUGCGUUUUUAUAAAAAAAUAGUGCCUGA